AGCCUAGCCGAAAUCAGUUUCAACUUCGCCAUUGGGAGAUAGCUUAAAGUUAAAAUAAUCCGUCGUGAAAGUUCCGGAAAAACACAAAAAUCGUAAAAAAACAAAGUUAAAUGGCUUUAAAACGAAUCAAUAAGGAAUUACAAGAUUUAGGCAGAGAUCCGCCAGCACAAUGCUCUGCAGGUCCUGUUGGAGAUGACCUAUUUCACUGGCAAGCAACAAUUAUGGGACCUUGGCAUAAGUUGAAAAGCACAUUAACCUUGAACUGCAGGAAUUUUAUAACGGAAAUUUUCACUCGUCAAGGACAAAAACCCCCACGCCAACAGAAGAACUUCCUUGAAAUUUCAACACGAAUAGAAACUGAUGAUGUCGAAUUCCCAGAAGAAAUGUUUUGCUCCGUGAAGACCUUGAAACCAGACAGUCCGUAUCAGGGUGGCGUUUUCUUCUUAACCAUACACUUUCCAACAGAUUACCCAUUCAAACCACCCAAAGUGGCUUUCACUACGCGCAUAUAUCACCCAAAUAUUAACAGUAAUGGGUCGAUUUGUCUCGACAUAUUAAGAUCUCAAUGGUCACCCGCACUAACAAUUUCAAAAGUUUUGUUAUCGAUUUGCUCUCUUCUCUGUGAUCCUAAUCCGGAUGAUCCGCUUGUGCCGGAAAUCGCUAGAAUAUACAAAACGGAUCGCGAAAAAUACAAUGAGCUGGCACGCGAGUGGACACGAAAGUAUGCUAUGUGAUGCGUUCCAGAUGAGAAGAUGUACCGUCAAAAUUUAAUUCUUGCUGUAUUAUAAAUUCAAAAAAAAGAGAAAAGAAAAAGAAAAAAAAAACAACCUCAAACAACAUCAACAUAAACAGAUAAAGAAGUUGCAACCGCGUUAGUUUUUCUUUUAUUUUUCUUAAGCAAAAGUAAUGAAAAGAAAAGAUUUUAAGCAGAAGAAAUGAAAAAUGGCAAAGAAAACUACAAAAUUCUCAAUCACAAAGCGUGUUGUUUGCAUCAGUUAAAUUAAAGCUUUUUUAAUCGUGUCCGUACCGGCUGCAGGGAUUAAAGGACGACGACACGAAGUUGUCAACCGAGCAGCGUCAUCAUCAUCUGAUCUGAGCAACACAACGUUUUAAGUCUUAAUUAAAUUUGAAAACUCUUUUUAAAUUGUUUUAAUAUUUUUUUCAAACUCGAUAGAAAUCAUAAUUAAAUUCAUUUCAAUAGAUUAAAAGAAAACUUACGCAACUAAACUUAUAUUGAAAUUGAAAGAGAAAGAAAGAAGCAUAAUUGAAAUUUUUGAGAAAUUUAGUAAAAGAAGAAAAAAAAAUAAAAAAAAUUAAAAUCUGCUUUUAUUAUUUUUUUAAAUUUAAUGUUUUCCCCAUUUGCAAAGGAAAAUUAAGUGGAAAAGUCUGCGAUGUUAAUAUUUUUCUUGUUUAAUAUUUUUUGAAGUUCACAACAAGAAAUGUUAAGCUUGAUCUAAUGAUGUGUUUAAAUGAUCAGUUUAACUUUCACCACCCACGUCUUAUUAAUAAUUGUCACUGAACUGCCCAGAACUUUUUUUAUGAACAAAAAAGAGUUAAUUUUGAUUGAGAAAAUUGUAAUGGAAAGUGUUUAAAAACGUUUGUAGGAAAUUUUUGUAAUUUUAAUUAAUGUUUUUUUGUAAAUUUUGCGGAUGCAAUCCGUCAUGAUUUUUUUAUAGUUUGCGCAAGAAGAGAAAGAAAGAGAUAAAAGAAAAUCCUUAAAAUAAUCAUUAAUUAUUUUUCAUUAACAACAAUUAUAAAACAACAAGAAUUAUUCGAUGAGCAAAAGAAAAAAAAAAUAAAUUAUCAUAAA